CCCGGCCCAGCGCGGACUUCCGAGGGUCCCGCGCGCUGGGACACGCCCUCAUCCUUGGGGACGACCCCGUGGCCCCAGGCACCGCCUCCUGUUCCCGCCCCGCGCCCCGCAGCGCUUAGGCUUCGGCACACUGAGGGCCGAGUCCCACUGCAGCUCCAGCCGACCCCCGGGACGUAAACAAGGGCAGGCGCGCGGUGAAGACUGCGGCCGGCCGCGUAGCCGCGCUCUGGUCCCGCUGGUCCUCUCUUGGGCUGCGCACCCUCCGUACUUGCGUCAGGAUCCUCCCGGAGUCUCCCGCUCUCUCCUCCCGGCUUACGAACAUGCGGCCCCUUAAGCCCGGCGCCCCUUUGCCCGCACUCCUCCUGCUGGCGCUGGCUUUGUCCCCUCACGGAGCCCACGGGAGGCCUCGGGGGCGCAGGGGAGCGCGCGUCACGGAUAAGGAGCCCAAGCCGUUGCUUUUCCUCCCCGCGGCCGGGGCCGGCCGGACUCCCAGCGGCUCCCGGAGCGCAGAAAUAUUCCCAAAAGAUUCUAACUUAAAAGACAAAUUCAUAAAGCAUUUCACAGGGCCAGUCACAUUUUCACCAGAAUGCAGCAAACAUUUCCACCGACUCUAUUACAAUACCAGGGAGUGCUCAACGCCAGCUUAUUACAAAAGAUGUGCUAGAUUGUUAACAAGAUUAGCAGUGAGUCCACUGUGCUCCCAGACCUAGCAAACCUACCCUACAUUUCCUAAGAAUGUACAUCUAAUUUGAAGAAAAAGUGCCUCAAAUCAUGCAAAAUGUAAAAAAAGAUGAAAUUUAUAUUUUUAUGGAUAUUAAGAUGAGUAAAAUAAGAGACUUCCCAGAAAUAACUGGUUAGCUGUUUCCUGUCAUAGAAUGGAGUCUUUCUUGCUUUAUCUUUUUGUGUAUACAGUAAUUUAUAAUUUUGUGAAACAGUUUGAAUCGCAUAUUGAAAAUUAGAUAUUGAAAAUUGUGUGAUUGUAUUUUAUUUUUACUAGAUAUAUUAUUUUCUUUAUAUGGUUAACAUUCUAAUUAAACAUUCAAUUGUGUAAAUUAUAUCUGUGAGUGCCAGUGAGAAAUAAUGAUUUUUUUGUAUAUGACUGUUAGUAUAUAUUUGUCAAAUCAUCAUGUACCAAGUUAAAUUUUAUAAUUCUUAUUUAAUAUUUAAAUACAUUUAUUUAGAACUUGUUGUCUUCACUUGCAUUAAUUUGAACUGUGAAUUUUAUUAAAGUUGAAAUAUGAAAAAAUGUGUUGUUUCCUUUGAAUUAAAGAUGUUUGUAAUAGA